CUCCACAAUUAGACAUGACUUCUUUACCUUCUUCCACCAUACUAUAUAUUGCACAAUAAACUGGUAUGCGGUAAUGUCUGCUUAUCAUGGUAGCAUUACGUCGAAGCUCUAGACAGCAAACAAAUCCCAAAAGAGAGGUGUACAAAGAUGAAGUAGAAGUGGAUGGAUCAGAAGAAGAAGGAGGGCGGGAUGAAGAUGAUGAAGAUGAUGAUGAUCAAAGUGCAGGAUUGAGCGACACAAGCGAGGAUGAAUGGGUUCCACCAACUAAGAAGCAACAGAAAACAGCUAAUGGAAACGGAAAGAAACGAGCAUUGGUCGACGAGUCGGAUUCGGAUAGCAGCGAAGGUGACAUGCAGGAUCUUGAUGAUGACGAGGAAAUUGCAAGGCCGGCCAAAAAGACGACCUCAGGCGACAAAGAGAACAAGAAACGAAAAAUCACUCUAAAACGUAAUAGCACUAAACCCAAUUUCCAGCUACAUCAGCAACACAAAUUACCUACUCCACCAUCACAGACAAUCGAAGCAGAAGCUAUAGCUACAGCAGAGGAUGAGUCAGAGGACGAAACCACUAGAGCAGAAGCGAAACGACUAUGGGAAGAAUUUCGCUCAAGGAGGAAGAACAAGGACGCAUCCAAACCUUCAACAACAUCAGUUCAGAAUAAAGCACCUGGAGGGCUGGAUAAAUGGCUGGGUAUCAAACCACCUGCUUGGCCAUCCACAUGUCCAGAAGCGAUGAUCAAUGAUCGAGAUUCCCUUUUUGUCGGAUUCGUUUAUGCUUUUUCUGCACCUUCUCAAGCAGAGAUUACGCAUUGUUUAUCACACCUAUCAAAAGUUGUGCAACCUCAGCAUAUACCUACCGAUCGACUGCCUCCUGCGAUGCAGCAUCUAGCACCCAAUAGGAGAGGCGCAACGCAUGACAUGCAUGCUUGGAGUUGUUUGGCUCUCAAAAGAGGUCGCGAUGGGCUGGGCGGACCGGAAGAUUUUGGUUUAGAAGAAGGACAAGAAGAUGAUGGCGAAAAGUAUGGAGCAAAAGAAAUUGCAAAAGCAAUAAAAAUGUAUGGUGCAACGGACGUUUUGGUGAUCGUGAGUAGAUGGUACGGAGGUACGAUGCUUGGUCCUGCACGUUUUAGACAUAUAGAAGAAUGUGCAAAAGCGGCUUUGGCACGUCAUAUGGUGAAUGAAGCAAUGAUUGACUUGCGUACGGAAUUGGUGGAAUUGGAUGAGAAGAUAAAUGCAAUUCGAUCACAGCGCGAUACAGUUUCAUCACCCGCUGGUUCCUCUCAAACACCGGCUUCACAAAAGCAAAAGAACAAUUACGACGAUCUCACUGAUCCAGAACGGGCACAGCGGCUCAUUAUGGCAAGGAAGAAACAAAUCGAACUUUUGCAAAAAUCAGCAAAGAAACAAAGUGUUGUUGGGUCUCAACAACCACCACCUUUGCAGCCCCAUCUGCAAGAAGAACCAGAAUCUGCAAUCGAUGAGAUGAACGCUGCUGAAGAAGAGGCUGCUUUGGAAGUGAUGCGGGAGAUGGAAAGAGAAGAGGCAUUGAAGCAACAGCCAGUUCCUAAUGCAAGUGAUAUCACCUCAGCAACACAAGACAAGGAGGCUGGAACUGGUAUUGAGGUGACAAUCCCAGUCAAAACUGAAGAGGACGAGUCGAGCAAGGUGAUCGUCAAAGAAGAGCCCUCUGACAACGGCUCUCUACAAUUAAAUGCCGCAAAAGCUGCCAACAUCAGCCAUGUCCCCGCUGUCAAGGAAGAAGUGGAAGAUGAUACAGAUCUUGCAGGAUGGGAUGCUUUAUAAUUGCGAUGUAUGAUAGUGUACAACAGAUAAUUUACAGUGUAAUGUAGUAAUGUACAGACUUGAUAUGGGAAUGUCUUA